AUGGGUAAGUCAAUCUGCCCUCGCACUGCAUUCGUCGCUCAAUUGCUGGAAUUUUUCGACCGCGACUUAUUCUCUUUAGGUAUCGAUUUGGACAACCACCACGUCAAGAGCCCUCACCGGAAGGCGCCCAAGAGCGACAAUGUGUACCUCAAGGUGCUGGUGAAGCUCUACCGAUUCCUAGCCCGCCGCACGGAUUCGCCCUUCAACGCAGUCGUCCUCCGCCGCCUGUAUAUGUCCAGAAUCAACCGCCCCCCAAUCUCCAUGUCCCGCAUCGUCUCGCAAACCGCCGCCUACCAGGCCGGAGAAGCACACAAGGGCAAGACCGUCGUAGUUGUUGGAACUGUCACCGAUGACAACAGGAUGCUCGAGGUUCCCAAGCUCUCCAUCGCUGCUCUGCGAUUCACCUCCGGUGCGCGCGCUCGCAUCGUCGCCGCUGGUGGUGAAUGCCUCACCCUCGACGAACUCGCUCUCCGCUCCCCAACUGGCUCCAACACUGUCCUCCUCCGCGGACCCAAGAACGCCCGCGAGGCUGUCAAGCACUUCGGUUUCGGCCCACACAGCCACAAGAAGCCAAAGGUCGAGAGCAAGGGACGGAAAUUCGAGCGCGCCCGUGGUCGCAGACGGUCGCGAGGUUUCAAGGUCUAA